CUGUUGUGAAAAAGAGCUUACUCUUUCUUUGUCAGUACUUGCGAAAACAACUUAAAAGAAGUUAGUAUUAUUGGACUGAAUUCAGUAAUUAGCAUAAUCAUGAUGCUAUGUAUUGUUCAGCAGAGCACGCCCCUUGGCCAAAUUUCCCAUUAAGAGGACACCGAUGUUGUCCUAGUGAAUAAAUCCCAGCACACAUGAUGCAAAUCAGCGAGUUCCUGCCUGCUGCGCCGGUGCGGUUAAUUUUAGCUGGGGUUUGUUCUAGGAGUUGUAAAACUGUUUACCCAAGUAGAAGUUAGUAAGCUGAAAUGUGACUUCUCAGCCUAAGGUGAUAGGAUAUCUAUUUUAGACUUCAGAUUGUGUUCAUGGUCGGGAGAACAGUCUUCUGAAGAAUUGCGGCUCAGAUUUUCUUUGAAAGCGCUUGAGGAGACAUCACAGCUUUCCCAGAUUGGGAGGAAAAAUAUGGAAUGUGUUUUACCGCUGACUGAACACAACCAAAUGAACUGUACUGACAGUAGUUUGAAAACCAGCAGUUAGCAGUUUGUUCAGGCUCUAACAUUGUCCAGCACUUUCCAGAGCAAACUCACUGUUUACAAGAACUCUCGGCCUUACGACGUUUAUAACCUCAAGCUUUGUUUAUUUAAAAUAUUCCCGCACGAGAAAAGUACCUGGCGCCCACUUUCCAAAAUGGCCAUGGAUGAGUAUUUGUGGAUGGUCAUUUUGGGUUUUAUCAUAGCUUUUAUCUUGGCAUUUUCCGUUGGUGCAAAUGAUGUUGCCAAUUCAUUUGGUACUGCUGUGGGCUCUGGCGUGGUGACCUUGAGGCAGGCAUGCAUUUUGGCUUCAAUAUUUGAAACCACCGGCUCAGUGUUAUUGGGAGCCAAAGUAGGAGAGACCAUUCGAAAAGGUAUCAUUGAUGUGAACCUAUACAACGAGACAGUAGAAACACUAAUGGCUGGGGAAGUUAGUGCAAUGGUUGGCUCAGCUGUUUGGCAGCUCAUUGCAUCCUUCCUGAGACUUCCAAUCUCAGGAACUCAUUGCAUCGUUGGUUCUACUAUAGGAUUCUCACUUGUUGCAAUUGGUACACAAGGUGUGCAGUGGAUGGAGCUUGUCAAGAUUGUUGCUUCCUGGUUUAUAUCCCCACUGUUGUCUGGUUUCAUGUCUGGUGUGCUGUUUAUACUGAUCAGAAUUUUCAUCUUAAAAAAGGAGGACCCUGUUCCCAAUGGCCUCCGGGCACUUCCAGUGUUCUAUGCUGCUACAAUAGCAAUAAACGUAUUUUCCAUCAUGUACACAGGAGCACCAGUGCUUGGUCUGGUCCUUCCCAUAUGGGCAAUAGCACUCAUCUCCUUUGGUGUUGCACUGCUGUUUGCCCUUUUUGUAUGGCUCUUUGUGUGUCCAUGGAUGCGGAGGAAAAUAGCAGGCAAAUUACAAAAAGAAGCUGCUUUAUCGCGAGUUUCUGAUGAAAGCCUCAGUAAAAUUCAGGAAGUGGAGUCCCCAGUAUUUAAAGAGCUACCAGGUGCCAAGGCUAAUGACGACAGCACUGUCCCUCUCACGGGCUCAGCUGGGGAGCCAUCUGGAACCUCUGAAGGCACAUCAGUGGGAAACCACCCCCGGGCCUCCUACGGAAGGGCACUUUCCAUGACUCACGGCUCUGCAAAAUCACCCGUCUCCAACGGCACCUUCGGCUUUGACGGCCACACGAGGAGUGACGGGCACGUGUACCACACGGUGCACAAAGACUCGGGGCUCUACAAAGACUUGCUGCACAGGAUUCACUCAGACAGGGGCCCCGAGGAGAGGCCCGCACAGGAGAACAACUACCGAUUUCUGCGGCGAAAUAACAGUUACACGUGCUACACGGCAGCCAUCUGUGGAAUGCCUGUCCACUCGACCUUCAAAGCUGCUGACUCGUCAUCUGCGCCAGAGGACAGCGAGAAGCUGGUGGGGGACGCCGUGUCCUAUUCUAAAAAGAGGCUUCGCUAUGACAGCUACUCAAGCUACUGCAAUGCGGUAGCAGAAGCUGAGAUAGAGGCCGAUGAGGGAGGUGUGGAAAUGAAGCUGGCAUCUGAGCUGACGGAUCCUGACCAGCCCCGAGACGACCCUACAGAAGAGGAGAAGGAGGAGAAGGACACAGCCGAGGUCCACCUCCUGUUCCAUUUCCUGCAAGUCCUUACUGCCUGUUUUGGAUCCUUUGCUCAUGGUGGCAAUGACGUGAGUAAUGCCAUUGGUCCCCUGGUAGCUUUGUGGCUGAUUUACGAGCAAGGUGCAGUCCUGCAGGAAGCAGUUACCCCCGUCUGGCUGCUGUUUUAUGGAGGAGUUGGAAUUUGUACGGGUCUGUGGGUCUGGGGGAGAAGAGUGAUCCAGACCAUGGGGAAGGACCUCACCCCCAUCACACCAUCGAGCGGCUUCACCAUUGAGCUGGCCUCCGCGUUCACGGUGGUGAUCGCCUCCAACGUCGGACUUCCUGUCAGCACCACACACUGCAAGGUGGGGUCCGUGGUGGCCGUGGGCUGGAUCCGCUCCCGGAAAGCCGUGGACUGGCGCCUCUUCCGGAACAUCUUUGUGGCCUGGUUUGUGACUGUCCCCGUGGCCGGGUUGUUCAGUGCUGCUAUCAUGGCUCUUCUCAUGUACGGGAUUCUUCCAUAUGUGUGAUUUGUCUUCUUCCGCCCAGUACACAAGGGAGGGUCUGGUGUGGGUAUGUGUGGGUGGCGUGUUACACGCACGCUGCCUGCGCACGGGCUGUCUCCCAGCCAGCUUGUCCGUGGCCCUUUCGUAUGGUUCCAAACCACACUGUUCACCUACACUGUAGAGAGUCAUCCUCCAGAGCUAACUUAACUACUGUACAUAAUCAUGUGCAUUAAACUGGUAUCGUGGUGACAUAACGUGGUGCAGUUACUUAUAUGUUAAAUAUAUAUUGUAUACAUAGAAUAGAUAGCAUUAUUUCAAACAUACUCGAAAUGGGAGUGGAGAAAUAUUGUCUAGAAUUCAAUAUUCAACAAAUCUUUGUACGGAAUGAUUUCAGUGGCAAAUUUUAAGAACCUUUUAAAAGGAAAGUGUAGAUUGGAAAGUGCUAUUUUUCCCAUUGAAUAUACUGUAAGAUAAGUGUGAAUCGGGUUGGAUGUACAUUUGGGAAGAUGUACGUCCGGGGGUGUGCUCUUGAGUAAUACUGGGGUAGGAGUUCACAAGUGCUUUCACUGAGGAAUUUGUUCAUAUACUGUGUAUUGAUUAUGUAAUAUAUCAUAAUUGCCUCUGUAAAUACUUAAAACGGUAAUUUUUUAAUGGUGUGCUUCCCAUAUACUUUUUUGAUCAGAGAAUUUUGGAAAGUACCAAAGAAGCAGGGGAAUAGUUUGCCAGUAUUAUAUUUUCAUACUGUCUUUCUCCCCUUCCCAUGAAUCCUACUGUUAACCUAGGCUGUAGCGAGACCGCCUCGCCCCGGCCUGCCCCCUAGCAGGGCGGAGGCCGAAGCACCAGCCCCCUGUCACGUGCUCGUUACGAGCAUCCUACUUCCUGUCCCCCGCCCCCACUGCCACCACUUGCUAGUUACUGGUGAGCCCUGCAGUGGCCCGUCGUCGUCGUCGUCGUCAUCGUGUAGAGAAUGUACAUACGUGAGGCUGCCCGAUCAAGCACCACACACCAAGUCCAGUUUAAAUUUUCACCCGUACUCUCCCCUGCAGCCUGAAAAAGCGAAUUCUUAAAACACUAAGGCGAGUGAGUUGACAUUCAGGAGGGGGUAGAGUUGAAAUAUCAGACAAUACACUGGAUUUGAGGAUUUCCUUGAGGCCUUUACUAAGCUGAACAUCUUGAGGCUCUACUGUAGUCCCACUGGAUUCUGUCCUGAAAGCGGGAGGGAGGGAGUGUGAGUGAUGCUGGAGCCUGAAACCGUGGAAAUGCUGCUAAAAUUUUUAUAUUGACAAACGUUUUCUUGGUACUUCAUUGUGAUUUUUCAUUAAUCAACCAUAUUAAAUUUAUAAUAAAAAAUGCCCUUCAAAAGGUU